AUGCCUGACGCUUACUUCAAGAAUGAGUUCUCGUAUUGCAAGGGCGGCAAGACGGAGCCACCACCGGGGUCCGUCAACAUAGCCGGGUCCAAGACUUGGCUUGAUGAGUCCUGCACGCUUCGUCCCGACGACAAAAUUCGAACCCUAAAAUUCAAGGGGAAACUUGUCCCAAACUGUUGGGUUGUCAAAAAUGCUGUUGACACGGCCAAGAAUCCUGCGUUUGAGACCCAUCAAGAGGUGGUCGCAGCAUUGAACGCCCUGACAAAAGCACCCACCGAGGUCUGCGAUGGGCCAGACGAUUGUCGUCCUGUGUGGGACGACUAG